AGCAUUUCUCGUGCGAUCUAAACGAGUUCUCUCACACGAGUCGAUUCGAUUGAACUGGAGCUAGGUUAGUGGAUUGUUCAUUGUCCGGUGUCGGAGAUGGGAGAUCAGUCGAGGAACUUCGAAAUGGCGAUUUCAUGGGGUGACGAAUUGAUCAAUGUUUUGGGUGAUAGGAAAGGAUUUGGUGUGUUGGUACAAACUCUCGAGCAUCUGAGAGCUAUCCAAUUCUCCUGCGACGACGAUUUUAGUGAGAUACAUGAAUCUCUCCAAGAUUUGCAGAAGAAACUCCAUGUUUGCAAGGAGAAGACGGAUGAGGCAAAUUCAGAGAUUGCUGAUGAAGAAGAAACUGAGCGUCUUCAGAAAGAGCUUGAUGAUGAGCUAGAACUAGAGUGCAAGCUGCAGGAGGAGCUUAGAUACGAGGCAUUCUUUGAAGAGCACAUAUUAGCUAUAAAGAGGAACAAGCGGGAACAGCUGAGAACCGAGAAAAAGCUUUCUAUGUAUGCUUCUGUCACUAGAGUAAUACCAAACAUUGAUGAUUCAUCCAAGACCUCAGGCUAUAUGGUUGAUCGAGACAAAAGGCUAAUGGACAAGUUUGAAUUCGAUUCAGACAAGACUACUGCCUACGAGACAUGUAAUGGCAUUUGGGAUAUUAUAAACAGGCAAUAGUCAGCCUUAACAACAAAACCGCCUUUGCUUAUUCUUUAGAUGUAAAAAGCUUCAUGGCCUCUGUACUAUGAACAAUAUCUGCCUUUAUCUCAUGUUAAGAUUUCCUUUUUCGUUGUUGGUGUUGAUUCUUGUGUAUAUGCAAAAAGAUCAUCUUUCAUGAAUAUCUCUCUGUAGGUAUCAGUGCUUUACUAUUUCUUUGUUAUAUGUACUGUUUGUACGUUUAGCGUCCAAAAUCUUCAGAA